CUUUCCUCUCUUCUUACCCCCACCCCCACUCAUAGAGGCGUUCAUCGCCAUUAUAGAAAAAUAGAGCGUUCUUUGUCCUUUGCUCAGUCCACCCGUCUGUGUUAACGACUCGAAACCCUCAAAACCACCACCAAAAAAAAAACUUUCCAUCCUUCUAUAACGUUUAGACCUUAUAGACCCUAAAAAGAUAUCAUUAGAAAUGCCCGCCAUUACCGCUUCCACCGUUGCCACCCCCGACCCUGCCGCCCUCAAGGCCGCCGCCACUGGAGGCGCCCAGGUUGAUGUUGCCGCCCUCUUGGUUGCUGACAAGUCCACCCGCGACCAGGCCCUCGCCUCCCUCAUCGCCGCCGCUGAGCAGAAGGGCCCCGCCGCCCUUCAAGCCAUUGGCUUCACCGACGCCCUCGUCAAGGCCCUCGGUGACAAAAAGUCGCAGGCUGCCCGCGAGGGUGCCGCCGACGCCGUUCUUGUCGUUGCCAAGAGCGGAGCCAUCAAGGCGCUCGAGGCUAUUUUCAUCGACUCUGGGCUGUACGCCGCCCUCCUUGAGACCUUUGCCGACAAGGUCGUCCCCGUCCGCACCGUUGCUGUCGAGGCGGUUCGCGAGUAUGUCGCUAACAUGAACCCCUGGGCCACCGCGCUCGUCCUCCCCGCCCUUCUUCACCAGAUCAAGACUGCCGGCAAGUGGCAAAUUAAGACUGGUUCCCUCGUCGCUGUCAACCAGCUCGUCAAGAGCGCUCCCCUCCAGAUGGCUCGUCUCAUGCCUGACAUUGUCCCCGUAUUGGCUGAGGCUAUCUGGGAUACCAAGUCCGACGUCAAGAAGGCUGCGCGGGAUGCCUUGACCAAGGCGACUGCGUUGGUUUCGAACAAGGACAUUGAACGCUUUAUUCCUGCUCUUAUCAAGGCUCUUAUCAACCCCGUUGAGGAGGUGCCUAACACCAUUGCCCUCCUCUCGGCCACCACGUUCGUUACUGAAGUAGACUCGGCCACCCUUUCGCUCAUGGUUCCCUUGCUCUCUCGUGGUCUCAACGAGAAGCUCACCGCUACCAAGCGUAAGGUUGCUGUUAUUGUCGACAACAUGGCCAAGCUCGUCGACUCUCACAUCACCGUCCGACCCUUCAUUCCCAAGCUGCUCCCCGGUCUCAUCAAGAUCGAGACUGUUGUGGCUGACCCUGAAGCCCGUGGUGUCGUCCAGCGUGCUAUCAAGACCCUCCGUCAAGUCGGCCAGGUUCCUGACGACUCUGAUGGCUCCGACCUCCCUCCCAUCAAGCACGCCGACGAGAAGCAGCUCUCCCACUCCCUCGUUGCCAUCUACAAGGCCCGCGGCGUCGACAUCUCCCCUGGCAACGUCGACGUCAUGUACGCCUCCAACCUCGCCGCCAACCUCGUCAACGCCAAGAACUUUGACGUCCCUGAGUGGGAUACCCUUGCUCCCUACCUCGCCAUCGUCUCUGCCACCCCCGACGCCGUCGAGAUGGCCCGUGAGUGGGUUGUCCGCUCUGCGUCUGAGGACGCUGGUGAUGGUCACGUCGAGGACGACGAGGAGGAGGGUGAGGACCUUUGCAACUGCCAGUUCUCGCUCGCCUAUGGUGCCAAGAUUCUCUUGAACACCGCUACCCUCCGUCUCAAGCGUGGUCACCGCUACGGUCUCUGCGGUAAGAACGGUACCGGCAAGUCCACCCUCAUGCGUGCCAUCACCAACGGCCAGGUUGAGGGCUUCCCCUCCCCCGACGAGGUCCGCACCUUCUACGUCGAGCACGACAUUGACGGCAGCGAUGAGGCCAUCUCUGUCCUCCAGUGGGUCCUCGACGAUAAGCGCAUCAACGCCUCCCGCGAGGAGAUCGUUGAGGCUCUUGCCUCUGUCGGCUUCUCCGAUGAGCGUCAAGCUCAGUCCAUCGGCAGCUUGUCUGGUGGUUGGAAGAUGAAGCUCGCCCUUGCCCGCGCCAUGUUGUUCAAGGCUGACAUUCUCCUCCUCGACGAGCCUACUAACCACUUGGACGUUGUCAACGUUGCCUGGUUGGAGAACUACCUCACCAGCCUUACCACCUGCACCUCCAUCAUCGUCUCUCACGACUCUGGCUUCCUCAACAACACCAUCACCGACGUUCUCCACCUCAACCGCUUCAAGCUUCGUCGCUACAGGGGUAACCUCGAGGCCUUCGUCAAGGCUGUUCCCGAGGCUAAGUCUUACUACACUCUCGAGGCCGCCGAGGACUACAAGUUCAAGCUCCCCGACCCUCCUCUCCUCGAAGGUGUCAAGACCAAGGAGAAGUCGUUGUUGAAGAUGCGCAAGGUCAACUUCCAGUACCCUGGCUCCUCUGUCCAGCAGCUCCACGACAUCUCUCUCCAAGUCUCCUUGUCCUCCCGUGUCGCCAUCCUUGGUCCCAACGGUUCCGGCAAGUCUACUCUCGUCAAGUUGCUCACUGGCGAGAUGGAGCCCAACAAGGGUGGUGAGAUCUGGAAGCACCCCAACUUGGUCAUCGGUUACGUUGCCCAGCACGCCUUCCACCAUAUCGAUCACCAUCUCGACAAGACCGCCCUCGAGUACAUGUUGUGGCGUUACCAGACUGGUGAGGAUUUGGAGGAGAUGAGCAAGGCUACUCGCCAGAUCUCUGAGGAGGAACAGCAGAAGAUGAAGGAGGGUGCUAUGAUCGUCAUCGAGGGUCAGAAGCGCUUCAUCGACGAGAUUGUCAACCGCAAGAAGCUCAAGCAGUCCUACGAGUACGAGGUCUCGCUCAAGGGCUUGAGCUCUUCUGAGAACAUCUGGCUCGCUCGUGAUGAGCUCAUCAAGCGUGGUUUCGAGAAGAAAGUCCUCGAGGUCGACACCCGUGAGGCUCAACGUCUCGGUCUCCUCCGCCCCCUCGUUCGUCGCGAGAUCGAGAAGCACUUCGCCGACUUCGGUCUCGAGCCCGAGUUCGUCUCCCACAACACCAUGCGUGGUCUCUCCGGUGGUCAGAAGGUCAAGAUCGUCCUCGGUGCUGCCACCUGGCGUCGCCCCCACGUCAUCUGUCUCGACGAACCCACCAACUACCUCGACCGUGAGUCGCUCGCCGCCCUCAUCGAGGCCCUCAAGACCUUCGAGGGUGGUGUCCUCAUCAUCACUCACAACCGUGACUUCUCCGAGUCUAUCUGCUCUGAAGUCUGGGCCAUGCGUGACGGUCACCUUGAAGCCUCUGGCCACAACUGGGUUGAGGGUCAGGGCUCCGGUCCCCGUAUCGACCAGAAGGCUGGUGAAGACGACGUCCAGUACGACGCCAUGGGUAACAAGAUUGAGAACAAGAAGGCCAAGAAGAUGACUGCUUCUGAGGCUCGCAAGGCCAAGAAGGAGCGAAUGGCUAGGAGGAAGCGUGGUGAGGAAGUCUUCACUGACGACGAGCUCUAAGUUUGUCGUUCUCCCGGUGAUGUUCUUUCUCUGUCCAUUUUUGAUUCGUCCCCUCGCUUUCCUUGUUCGCACAUGCUAUUCGGUCUCUCUUCAUUCCCCCCACAUUUUCGUUUCAUCCUCGUUACGACCUUGUCAUGCCGCUCUCGAUCUUCUUCCUUGUUGCAUUCCAUGUUGUACUCUUUACCCCGCCUUGUAUUAUUCACCGCAUAAUUACUUUAUUGGCCAAUACCAUCGACUGGUUUUUCUACUUCA